UUGUUUAUAGGAUGGGGUGCUCUGAUCAUGUUUAUAGUUGUCCUCUUCCUCCUUGGUAUAGUUGAGGGACUCCAGCUGGCUCUCGUGGAACUAAAGAGACAAAAACCUGAAACGUACAAAUUAUCCCACCCUGCAGCGUACAGACUUGGAGAGCUGGCAUCAAAAGGAGAUAAUAUAGAAAAGUUUCUUGUGGGUAGACAGGUCAUUGUCGUCUUCCUUGUAUUCUUCGCAGCUAAGCUGACCUCAAUAACUGUUCCGGGGCAAGACUUUCUGUUCCCUGUUCCUUUCUGGGCUAGUUCCAUUUUCCUAGAGACUGGACUUUUAGCUAGUAUUGUUGUUGUUAUUGUUGCUCAGUUGACCCCUCAGAUAGUAGCUUCUAUUUAUCCAGUUCAAUUCCUGGAACUUAUUAUCAUGAGACCUGUCUACUACGCCUGUUUGAUUCUAGAAUUCACAGGGAUGACCCAUGUGACCUGGUUGCUAGUCCACGUGUUGUGCUUGAUGUUCGGAAUGAGCAGCGGAAAAGAAGUUCACGUUCCAGAUUUCAUAAUUGAUACUCAACAAGGAGUCCCAAAUAAAGGAGUUUUAAGUUCAGACUCUGAUAUUCCUUCAUCAACACAUCUAGAGGAGGUUUUAAGUGAGACUAAGAACUCCUGCUGCACUUGCAAAACUGUUUAAAUCAAUUAAACAUGAUUACAAUUAAAUCUGUUUCAUUUUAAUUUUCAUUUUAAUUAGUUUUUAUC